CUCGCGUUUAAUUUUCAAUUUUUCAGUCCUCCUCACGACACACACUCUUUUCUCCAUCUUCAGAAAUCCAGACAAUCUCAGUUCGUCGCUCCCGUGCUUUCCCAGGUUUUGGGGGGGUCCGACCACUUUUGCAACAUUGACCUGUGUGUUUCUGGGCAAAAAAAUUUCAGAUGGAUUGGCAAGGGCAAAAGCUAGCGGAGCAGCUGAUGCAGAUACUGCUGCUGGUAUUUGCUGUGGUUGGGUUUCUGACUGGUUACCUGAUGGGGUCGUUCCAGAUGAUGAUGCUGGUGUAUGCAGGUGGUGUGGUUCUGACCACGUUAGUCACUGUCCCCAAUUGGCCCUGGUUCAAUCGCCACCCCCUGAAAUGGUUGGACCCAAUCGAAGCCGAAAAGCACCCCAAGCCUCAGAAGCAGCAGCAGCCGGUGAGUUCCAAGAAGAAAGGCUCCAAAGCAAAGUAGGUCAAUUUCAGUCAUGAACUAGCAUUGAAUAGGUUUCAGUAUGUCAUACCUGUUCUAAAGUUUGCGUUUGGAUUAUCGAUUACAAUGUAAUCGGGUUUUAUAUUUCAACCUUUAUGCAAUGACCAGAAGAUUUUCACUCCA